UUUGUUAUCUAGGAGAAAGUUUCAAUCACCUCAUUAACAUGCCUUCAGAACCAUCAGCAAAGUCAGGCCAAUCACCCUCCAAUGAAGGAGAGAAGCACAAGCAUUUGGACAGAGAAAUAAGGGAGAUGGUAUCUGCCAUCACUCACCGAGUCACUGAUUUUCAUAAAUCAGAUUCCACCCACCAUUUGGAGAAUGAUGAUGAACGUGAUGUGAGGAUCAUCACCCUUGCAGGAACCAACGAUGGAGCCACUCUUAAAAGUGAUUUGGAUGAAAAAUCAGGCAAAACUCCUCAUGGUGAACCUGAAGCAUUGAGCACUUUUGUUAACAGCAACUUCCAAGCCAUCAACAACUCCAUCAUGUUUGGUGGUAGUUACCAAGCCAACGAUCCUGGUGUGCAUUUGGAUAUUUCAGAUUUCACUGAUCCUCCUCAUAGUCAUCACCACCACAAGGUUGACAAGCAAGGGAAGAAGGGAAAAAAGAAAGAGAAAGAAGGUUCCAAAAGUGAACAUUAACUUGGCCAUUUUGAUUGAGCUAGCUCUAUAUAGAUAUGUGCUGAGCAAAGGGAUAUCCAAUUGAGUGCCAAAGAAU